UAUAUUGUUACAUGUACUUACUUGGUCAGUCCUCCAUUGAGUGAGUAACCUAAAGUAUUUGGUAUAGCAACAAAUAUCACUCAAUAAUGUCGGAUGAAAUUACACAACAGUUACAGGAUCUUCAAACUGCGGAUCUGAGGGAAGAGGCCGACGAAUCGUCAAAACCAGCUCGGCCACCACCCAAAGUUGCUUUGUUUGUCAAGGCCGGUUCUGACAAAGAGUGUAUUGGGUGUUGCCUAUUUUCACAACGCUUAUUCAUGCUAUUGUGGUUGAAGGGAGUUGUGUUUAAUGUAACAACUGUGCAUCAUACACGGGUCAAGGAAUAUGCCGUUGGAGGAGAACGUCCUCCUUUUAUGAUAUUCAAUGGGGAAACCCUUACAGAUAUCCCCAAAUGUGAGGAUUACAUUGAGGCAGAACUGCAUCCACCAAACUAUCCCAUCUUGGCCUGCAAAUAUGCCGAGAGUGCCACUGUUGGGAAUGAUAUCUUUGCCAAAUUUUCUGCAUUUAUCAAAUUCAACGGUGACCGCAGAUCAGAGGAUGCCAAAAAAAGAGAGCAAGGCUUGGUUGCUGCAUUGAGAAAGUUGGACAACUACCUGAAAAAACCACUAGACCAUGAAAUUGAUGCAGAUUCUGAUGAUAAUGAAGGAGAAUCAACUCGAAACUUCAUUGAUGGCAGCUACAUGACAAUUGCUGAUUGUAACAUGCUUCCCAAGCUUCAUAUCAUACGGAUUGCUGGUAAAGCUCUUGCCGACUUCGAAAUCCCACCUGAAUUCACGGGUAUUCAUCGCUAUCUUCAUGCAGCUGAUCAAACUGAGGAGUUUGUCCAAACAUGUGCAAGUCCGGAGGAGAUCAUUGCAACUUACGGAGGAGGAUCUAAACUUCCACAUAAAAAAUAAUGACACCGGGGUGAUAUUAUAGUGCUCGUUGGUAUUAUCUACUCUUCUCAAUCAGUGACCUAUUUGUAUUGUGUAUAUAAUGAACAAAAAAUCUAAUCUUUCAUAUCAUGAUGUAUUUUGUUAACUUUAAUUGAUGAUUCGUGACUUUCAUAUCGAUAUUUUAGCGUGUUACAUACAUUCAUGUAGUGAUCAUCUGAAAUGUAUAGCAUUUUGAUAAUUGCAUGCUUUUGAAUUUUUUAGUUUACCAUACUAUACUAUAGAAGAACGUGUAUCAAAAUUGAUUUAAUGGUAAUAUCGUUUGAUAACUAAGUUUUGCUCGCUACCUGAAAUCAGGGGUGGGAACGUUCUUGGUAUAUCGGUCACUAAAAUUGAAGAUAAUCCCAAGCGGGUCAAAUAAAAUUAAAUGUUAUGUUAGAAAUGCACAUUCUAUUUCUACUAUUCCCAAAUUAAGACAAAAAAGUUUGCUGAGGUAAUAUUCAAUGACAUCUUUAAAAACGUACGGCCGCGGCGCUUCUCUGAAAUAUAGUAAAAAAAACAGCUGUUUUGACUAUUAUAUUCUUUACGAACUGGAAUUUAUUAUGAGGCACAUGUUGACUAAAUUAUAUUAUAACCGAUCAAGUAUAUAAUUCACCAUUACUCGUUUAAUAAGCCUAUGAUUAGACAAACUGCAACAAACGCAGAAAAUGUGAUGCUAAGGGUCCAAUGGUGCAGAAUAUGCAUAAUAUAAAAAUGAAAUUUUUUGAGAUAUGAUUCGUGUGAGAAAAUGCGAUCCAUCCGUUCGGUUUUUAACGUUCUAAAUACAUGUGCGGCCCGCCAAUGACUUACAACCCUAAAUUUUGGCUCGCGAGCGACCCGAGGUCGGUGACCCCUGCUCUACAUAAUAUAACCCAAAAGUGCUGAAUCCAAGGUGCUGAUAUUUUACUUCAUGGUGUUUAAUGUAUUGCAGAUAUACACUUGUCUUGUGAUAACCAUUCUAAAGGUAAUGCAAUGGAGUUAUAUGGUUAGCUGAGCAUAAUAAGUUGUUUCGAGAUUACAACUGAUGUCUUUUCAAUAGAGGAGUAGUUAUAGUUAUACAUAUGCACAUUAUGGUAUACUCUAUAAACAUGCAAUCAAGUUUGUUGUUUGCGUUAAAUUUUAACACAGGUUCAAAGUUUCCCACCCUUGCUUUAAAUGAUUGUACAUAAUUGUAAUAAACCUUUAUAAUAUGAUUAAUAUCAUAAUUUUCGUAUUUGUUUGGAUCUCUCAACUUGAUGCUGCAAAUGUUUGGAUCUGGAUAAUAAAUCAUUAGACCAAGUAGUUCUAUUUGAUUAUCAUAGCCGAGUUAUUUUGUGAUUAAGACUUCGAUAAUUCAAUAGUUGCAGAGUUUCUUUUCUAGUCACAAUAAAAAACAAAACUUGAAUAGUUGAUCAUUUUUUAACUGAUUCAACACCGUAAACAUAUACUAAAACGCUUUGCUCGUUCAGUGUUGCAGACUUUGGAAAUGUUUUUUUCUCUUGUGUUUAUGUACCAGAAAGUAAUGUAUGAAUAUUGUAAGUGAACAUUAUAUCAUGUCUGCUAGCAUAAUAUUUUAAUGUAUUUCUUCAGUUCCUGACAUGAAAGCUUGCUGACUUUGGCAAAAAACAAUUGAUGUGACAAGUUUGUUGAAAUGAGUAUUUGCCUAACAAGAUUGUUAUUUUGCUAGUUGAUGUUUGGAAAGCCCACUUUUGUUUGAAGAAUUAACCUGUUAUGAAUCCCGUUGAUUUUGGAGAGAAACUAAUAUACAAUUUUGUCCAACCUCCUAACGUAUUAAAUUUUAUCAAUGUGUCUGUUUGAUUUGUUUUAUUUCUGCCUAAUUUCAUUUACAAAAUACGGUACAUUUCCGUCAAUUUAUGUUCUGAAGUUUUUUCUUAGGGCAUAACAUUAGUGUUCGGAUUAACAUUUUGUUCAAAAUAUUUUCCUUAAUGUGAUUUUCACGGAUAUAAAAUUCACUUGCUGUAAGACGAAUAAACUUUUGCCAUUAUUGAUUUAUUUGAGUAAAUCAAGUAAUGUGAUUUGUUGCUUUUUCUGCUCAAUUUGUAUAAUCUUUUCUUUGGUGAAUUGUGGUUUGUUUUCAAUAUCAUAUUAUGUUUGGUAUAUUGGUGAAUAUUAUGAGUAACCUUAUAUUAUCCUUUCAAAUGUCUGAACAGCCUGCACUAGGGAGGUUCCCCCAACCUUUACAACCUUGUGUUUUCUUGGAAAAAUAUGAAAUUACUACGAACAAGUAAUUUGAGCAUAGCUCAUCUAUCCCCAUCAUUCUCGAGAAGAGAGAACCCUGAGAAUACUGUAUCUUGUGUAUGCUAGCUCGCUUUUAUAGACUGUUAUGGAAAUUUAUUAAACUUUGUGAUUUUUGAGUUCAUGCAGAAAAUUUCAAUACUUUUCCCCAUCAAAAGGCCCCCGAUUUAGGGGGUUCAAAAUUCAGACUCCAGCCAGUUCAAGAAGUUCAGUCGAACUCCAGUAAAACGUGCCAAUUUCCCCACACAGUCCUGCUUAUAAGCCAUUGUGGCUGAAGUUAACAAGGAAAGUUACAGGUUGGCGGAACAUCCAGUAUGUUCAGUGUACACAAAAUAAAUUCCGAUCUCAAUUGCAUCACUCUCACUGCAUCAUUCUGUAGUUUUAUCAAUAAAUUUCACAGAUAUAAAUGA